AUGGAAAACUCUAAGUUCGCACAAGCAUUAUUAAGAAGACGUGAAGAAGCAGCUAAAAAGGCAACACAAACAAGUAUUAGUGUAUCUCAAAUCUCAGAAAAAUCAAUAAUUUCAGUAGAAGAGCAGUCAAUAGAUCCUGAUAUUGAAGUAUCAAUGGUUGUUGACGAAGAUCAAGAAUUGUUUCAAUUACAAAGAGAAAAUCAAGAUCUUAAAGCAAAGAUAAGAGAAUUAAUGCAACAAAAUAAAGUUCUUUCGCAAAAAAUAGAUGAUCUUUUAGAUCAAUCUGAAAUAGAAAUACUUACAGAACAAGUUUCAAAUCUACAAAUUGAAUUAACAAAUGAAAAGAAUUUAAAGAAACAAGCAGAAGAUAGACUACUUUAUUUACAAUAUCAAUAUGAUAUCAAAUGCAAAGAAGCAGCAGCAAAUAUGAAAAUACUCGAAUCUCUCCAGUUGAAAAAUCGUAAAUUACAAGAACAAAACUCUUCUUUAUCGCAAAUCAAUGCAUCACAGCUAGAAAGCGACCAAUAUUCUAACGGAAGUAGAAGAUCUCGUCUAUCCAACGGACAAAUGCCAGAUAGUCCAAGAAGAUAUCAGCCAGAGCCGAAUUAUCAACAAAAUUACCAACCUCCUGAAAGUCCGAAAAGAUUUCAGGCAGAACCGAGUAGUCCAAGAAGAUAUCAAGAAGAGUUACCUCCACCAAGUAGAAUCCAGCAAGAUUUACCAAAUCCUUCCAUGUAUCAAGACAAUAUUCCUCAAAAUCAACCGAGAUAUGCUCCAAAUUCAGCUAGAUCUAGCAAUUCAUCAUCAAAUAGUAGAAAUCCUGCUGAUAUGGAGUAUGAUGACUUGAUUAGAGAAAGAGAUAUGCUUGAAGACAAAAAGAUCGAACUUGAAAACAUCAUGGAUGAGAAUUUUGAUGAUGUUGAUCCAAACAUUUCCAAUCAGUAUAACAGAGUCUUAACACGACUUUCACAAGUGAAGAGAGAGCUUAGAUUCCGCUCUUAA